AUGAAAGAAGUCGUUGUUGAUAUUGCUCCCAAGUGUAUCAAGGGAUUGGAAUUCAGCGCGUUAUCCGCCAAGGAUAUAGUUGCCCAAUCAGAAGUUGAAGUGCAAACCCGUGAUUUAUACGAUUUAGAAAAGGGAAGAACCCCAAAGGUUCAAGGUGCCUUGGACACUCGCAUGGGUAUUUCGUCCAACGCCCUGGAAUGUUCUACAUGUCACGGCAACUUGGCUUCUUGUCAUGGUCAUUUCGGGCAUAUUCGAUUAGCCCUUCCUGUGUUUCAUGUGGGUUAUUUCAAGUCGAUUAUCCAAGUGUUGCAAUGCAUUUGUAAAAACUGUUCGGCAGUUUUGUUGGAUGAGCAGGCCAAGAGGACCUAUUUGAAUGAUUUGCGGAAACCAAACAUCGACAAUUUGAGAAGAAUGAAGAUUUUGAGAAAAGUAUUGGACCAAUGCAAGAAACAAAGACGUUGUCUCAAGUGUAACCAUGUUAACGGGGUGGUUAAGAAGGCCGCCAGCGGUGCUGGCCCUGCCGCACUCAAGAUUGUUCACGACACAUUCAGAUGGAUUGGGAAGAAACCUACCCCAGAAAAGGAACUCUGGGAUCAGGAGUUCAAUCUCGUGUUUGAUAGAAAUCCCGAGUUGGAACGAUUUGCCAAGAGAGUCCACGAAGACCUCAACCCUUUGAAAACCCUCAAUUUAUUCAAACAGAUUUCUCCAUCCGACUGUGAGUUGAUCGGUAUUGACUCGGCUAGAGGAGGUAGACCAGAAAUGUACAUUUGGAGAUACUUGCCUGCACCACCCGUCUGUAUUAGACCUUCAGUCAUGAUGGAUGCCCAGUCCAAUGAAGAUGAUUUAACCGUCAAACUUACUGAAAUCGUCUGGACUUCGUCAUUAAUCCGGGCCGGGAUUGAAAAAGGUAUCAGCAUAAACAACUUGAUGGAACAAUGGGAUUACUUACAAUUGUCUGUGGCCAUGUAUAUUAACUCAGAUAGUGCCAACCCUGCCUUACUUCCAAAUGCUGGUGCCGGUGCCAAGUCAGCCAAGCCAAUACGUGGGUUCUGCCAAAGAUUAAAGGGUAAACAAGGUAGAUUCAGAGGUAAUUUAUCCGGUAAGAGAGUCGACUUUUCCGGAAGAACCGUCAUUUCCCCCGAUCCAAAUUUGAAGAUUGAUGAGGUGGCUGUUCCUGACCGUGUCGCGAAAGUAUUAACCUACCCUGAGAAGUGUACCCGAUAUAACUUUAAGAAAUUGCAAAAGUUGAUUAGAGCCGGUCCUGAUGUACAUCCUGGUGCCAAUUAUAUCAUGAAACAGAACGAGUUGGCUAAACGUAAUUUACGAUUUGGUAACCGUGAAAUACUUGCCAAGAACUUGCGUAUUGGUGAUGUUGUCGAACGUCAUAUUGAAGAUGGUGACGUUGUGCUUUUCAAUAGACAACCUUCGUUGCAUAGAUUGUCCAUCUUGUCCCAUUAUGCCAAGAUUCGUCCUUGGAGGACCUUCAGGUUGAAUGAGUGUGUGUGUACGCCAUAUAACGCCGAUUUUGACGGGGAUGAAAUGAAUUUACACGUUCCUCAAACCGAAGAAGCCAGAGCGGAAGCCAUCAACUUGAUGGGGGUUAAGAAUAAUUUGUUGACUCCCAAGUCGGGUGAACCAAUCAUUGCUGCUACUCAAGAUUUCAUCACUGGUUCUUACUUGAUUUCACACAAAGACUCCUUUUUUGAUAGGGCCAGUUUUGUACAAUUGUUGAGUAUGAUGUCGGAUGCCGAUGUCCAAUUUGAUUUACCACCACCAACGAUUUUCAAACCGGUAAUGUUGUGGACUGGUAAGCAAGUUUUUUCGUUAUUAAUUAAGCCAAAUAAAAAGUCAAAUGUUAUUAUCAAUCUUGAUGCUAAGAACAAGACAUUUAUUCCUCCAGCCAAGGGCUUACCCCUGGAAAUGUCACCUAAUGAUGGGUUUGUCAUUAUUCGAGGCUCACAAAUUUUAUCGGGGUUGAUGGAUAAAUCUACCCUUGGUGAUGGUAAGAAGCAUUCGGUAUUUUACACCAUUCUUCGAGACUAUGGUCCACAAGAAGCCGCGUCAGCUAUGAACAGAAUGGCGAAAUUAUGUGCAAGAUAUUUGGGUAAUCGUGGUUUCUCUAUUGGUAUCAAUGAUGUCACCCCAGAAACAAAACUUAAGCAAAAGAAGGAAUUGAUGGUUGAACAAGCCUAUCUCAAGUGUGACGAGUUGAUUGAUUUGUAUAACCGUGGUAAAUUAGAAACCCAACCGGGUUGUAAUGAAGAACAAACAUUGGAAGCUAAAAUUGGUGGUUUGCUUUCCAAGGUCAGAGAAGAAGUGGGUGAAGAAUGUAUUCGAGAAUUGGACUCCAUGAACGCUCCCUUGAUUAUGGCCACCUGUGGGUCCAAGGGUUCCACCUUGAAUGUGUCACAAAUGGUGGCCGUUGUCGGUCAACAAAUUAUCUCGGGCCAUAGAGUGCCUGAUGGGUUCCAAGAUAGAUCAUUGCCUCAUUUCACAAAAAACUCCAAGACUCCACAAUCCAAGGGUUUCGUUCGUAACUCUUUCUAUUCUGGGUUAACACCUCCGGAAUUCUUGUUCCAUGCUAUUUCAGGUAGAGAAGGGUUGGUUGAUACUGCCGUCAAGACUGCUGAAACCGGGUACAUGUCGAGAAGAUUGAUGAAGUCAUUGGAAGAUUUAUCGGCACAAUACGAUAACACAGUUCGUAACUCUUCUAAUGGUAUUGUUCAAUUCACAUAUGGUGGUGAUGGGUUGGAUCCUUAUGAUAUGGAAGGUGAUGCUAAACCCGUAAACUUUAACAGACAAUGGGAUCAUGCUUAUAACUUGACGUAUGAUGGCGACGAAACAGGGUUGCUUCCAUAUGAAAUUAAAAGAUUGGUGGAUAGUAUUUUGACACCUCUUGAAUCAAAAUUAAUUAGGUAUGACAAUUUAGGAAGAGAGCUUGCUGAUGCUGACCAAGACAGAAUUGAAUACAUUGAUCAAAAUGAUGCUGAGCGAGAAUUCUACCAAUCUUUGCGCGAUUUCCUUGGUAAGAAGGCCGAGAAGUUGGCUCGAUUAAGAGAAGCCAAGGGAUUACAACCAUUCUUUACCAAGAUUGAAUCAGAAAUGCUGGUUGAUGAAGAUGAAGUCAAACUCAACUCCAUUAAUCAAUUGCUUAAAAUAUCAUCCAAGACAGUCGAGAAGUUCCUUGAGCAAUGUCUUUACAAAUACUCACGUGCCCGUGUGGAACCAGGAACCGCUGUUGGUGCCAUUGGUGCCCAAUCUAUUGGUGAACCAGGUACGCAAAUGACAUUAAAGACUUUCCAUUUUGCCGGUGUCGCCAGUAUGAAUGUUACAUUGGGGGUUCCUCGUAUUAAGGAAAUUAUCAAUGCGUCAAAAACAAUUUCUACGCCAAUCAUCAAUGCCGUGUUGGUUAAUGACGAUGAUGAGAUUGCUGCAAGAGUGGUUAAGGGAAGGAUUGAAAAGACGUUGCUUGAAGAUGUCGCAUUUUUUAUUGAAGAUGUGUACAAGGACAAUCUUGCUUACUUGUCCAUCAAGAUAGAUUUGGAAACUAUAGAUAAGUUACAGUUGGAAUUGACGAUUGAUAAUAUUGUUCGUGCCAUUCAAAAUGCACCAAAGUUGAAGAUUACUCCGGGUGACGUGUCAGUCAGUGGUAAAGAUAGAGUCAAUGUUUUGGUGAACUUGAAGGAAAAGACCGAUUCGCUUAAAUCACAAGCCGAAACCAAGAAUGCGUUGUUUUUCAGAAUGCAACAGUUGAAACGUGCCUUGCCAAGUAUCUGCAUCAAGGGUCUUCCAAACAUUUUCCGUGCCGUUAUCAAUAUCAGAGAUGAUUCCAAGAAGGAGUUAUUAGUUGAAGGGUAUGGUCUUAAGGAUGUCAUGAGCACUGAUGGGGUAGUGGGUACAAAAACCACCACUAACCACGUCCUUGAAGUAUUUGAAAUCUUGGGUAUUGAAGCUGCCAGAAGUUCUAUCAUCAAGGAAAUCGACUAUACCAUGAGUAAUCACGGUAUGAGUGUUGAUCCUCGUCAUAUUCAAUUGUUGGGAGAUGUCAUGACGUACAAGGGUGAAGUGUUGGGUAUUACCAGAUUCGGGUUGAGUAAAAUGAGAGACUCUGUGUUGCAAUUGGCAUCUUUUGAAAAGACCACCGAUCAUUUGUUUGAUGCUGCGUUCUUUAUGAAGAAUGAUAAGAUUGAAGGGGUUUCUGAAUGUAUUAUCUUGGGUCAAACUAUGUCUAUUGGUACCGGGUCGUUCAAGUUGGUUAAGUCGUCGAAUUACGAUAAGAAGGUGUUGAAGAGAAAGCCAACUUUGUUUGAAUCAGCUUGUGAAGCGAUAGCUGUAUAA